GAAAAAUGAAAAUAUUUAUUAUAUUAUUUUUAUUCUUUUUAACAAUUCCUUCACAAAUAUUUGCCUGUUUUUCUUCUGGAAAUCCUGCUAAGGGCAACCCGGAAACUGAGAAGCUUACAGAAAAACCAACAAAAACAACUAAAGCAACCACAAAUCAGAAUAAAUUCAAUGAUAAAAGUGAGAAUGAGGUCAUUCCUACAGAAAAAGUUGAUCAAAGUUUUGAGGUUGAUAAAGACUUUGUUUUGGAUUAUUUAAAAGAAUUUGGACAUUUACCAAAAGAAACGGGGGCAAAAGAAGAAAAUAUAACUGAGGAGCUUGAAUAUGGAAUUAAACACUUCCAAGAAUUUAUGAAUAUUCCACCUAAAGGCAUAAUUGAUUUGCCUACAUUAGCAAGAAUGAGUUGGAAACGUUGUGGAAAUUUAGAUAAACCAAUUAAUGAUCCUCAUAUUUGGGAAAAAACUUCUCUCAAUUGGGCAAUUAAUAAUUAUCCAAACACAGGAUUCCCAAUUUCAUUGCAACAAUUAAGAGGCUUGAUUAAACAAGCAUUCAGUGCCUGGGAAAUUGUUAUAGCCAUAGACUUUAUGGAAAUUGAACAUAUUAAUGAUGCAAAUAUUCUAUUUUCAUUUGAUGAAGCUAAUGAAAAUCAAUCAAAAACUGGGCUUGGAAUAGCAACUGGAACAGCUGGACCAUUAAGCAAUAUUUGGUUAAGUAAAAAUCAAAAUUGGUCUAUUUUUCAAACACAAGAAGAGACUUUAAUACACGAAAUUGGACAUUCUUUGGGUCUUGAACAUAUUGGAGAUCCAAAUUCUGUAAUGUUUCCAAUGCUCGAAAGAAGUCCAGGGGAGCAAUUACCAGUUAUUUCAAGUGAUGACGUCACUAGAUUAAGGGCCCUUUAUGAAACUUUUCUCCCUGCAGAAUUGGAUAAAACAUCCCAAAAAUAUAAUUCAAUGGCAACACCCAGAAGUUUGCCUUCUCGUCCAGCUGGUAAGGAUAUGGCAGAAGUAUGUCCACACACAAUUACUGCUGCUACUAAUGUUUUACCUGGAAUGGUUGUUGCUUUCAAUGGACAAUAUACUUGGACAAUCAAGAAGGGUAAUAUCACGAGUGGACCAACCUUGAUAAAAGACAGAUUCCCAGAUGCCCCAGAGUUUAUUAAUGCUAGUUUCAGCACAAGUACAAUAACAAUAUUAAUUCAAGGCCAUACAUUACGUGCCAAAACCUAUCCAAAAAUGUUACAUAAUCGAAUCCUUUUUUAUCCGACUGGUGCUUUUCCUCUUUUAAAUGAAAGCAUUAUUUUAAUUAAUGGUAAAGUAUAUGCUACCUAUAAUGUUAUUAAGAAUGAACCACAUAUGCUUGGAAAUUUGGAAGAACUUUAUCCAAAUUUACCCGAUGGACUUUUAUCUGGUAUCCCAGCAACACCAGAUUUCUCUCUAUAUUAUAUGCUAACUGCAAAUUUAUGUAAAUCUUAUAUUUUAAAUUUAAAUUUAAAAUUUAAAGCCUUUGUUUACAACACACAAACAUUCCGAUUAGUAAGUACCCAAACAAUUGGUCAAUUUAUUGAAUGUGAAAAAACGGGUGUUAAUUUGCUUUUACAACAAUUUAAUUCGUUUAAUGCUCCAAUACCAACUCAAUUUAGAAAUGAAUUUCCUCAGCAUCAUAAUAGUCCACGGUUGACAAUUAAUAAUAAUUUGCCACUCGGUAUGCGCUUUGUUUAA